CGAGUGACGGGCAGCCGAGCGCCGGCCGGGCGCUGCUGUUACCUGGAGUUCCCGGUGUUACAUGCUGUGGAAGUGCCAACCGAUUAGUCAGUGUUCCGUUGUGAUUCCGUCUUGUUGCUAUCCUUAAGUAACGCUCGUCUCCUACGCUCUGUCCGACCAGGUGCCCCUGGCUAGCUAGCUUAGAGUCAAGCUCACACGUCAACUUGACAGACAUUUCGAGAGAGAAUCGUCGCCUGCGUUUUAUCAUCUCCCGCGCGACCGUUUUGAGACAAACCGCAGGGACACACUUCUUCGUGUCAACCGGGGAAUCUUCGCUGUCGCAAAUCGCGUAUACGCGCGUUAAGAUUAAGAAGUUCAAGACUGAACUAUGUCGAGUCCGUCAUUGAAGGACCUGCCUAAAGUAGCCCUGGACCUCAAAAGCGAGCUGGAAGGUUUCAAUCAUGGCUGUAUGAAAAAAGCCGCUACUGCCGAAAAGAAUGUUCUACCUUCCGCUGAAGACGUGCGGCAGGAGCGACAGCAUUCAGAGUUGAUACAUGGAUUGGAAACGUUUAAGACAGAUCAGUUGAAGCACGCUAACACGAAAGAGAAGAAUGUGUUACCCAAUGCCACAGAUGUUGCCGCGGAGAAAACUCAACAAACGUUAAUUGCCGGCAUCGAAAAGUUUGAUACCGCAAGUCUGAAGCAUACUGAAACUCAGGAAAAAAACCCGUUGCCCGAUAAAGACGCAAUCCAGCAAGAAAAAGGGAAACAACAGCUAAUCUCCGGUAUUGAAAACUUCGAUCCGGCAAAAUUGAAACAUGCGGAAACCCUCGAAAAGAAUUCUCUGCCUACCAAAGAAGUGAUUGAUGCCGAAAAAAUAGCCGCUUAGAGGAGUUGCCGCUUGAAAAAGAAAUGAAAAGAAACUAGGAAAGGCACGACUCCGUCGCUUCUUCCAUUUUUCUAUAUUUGUAACAACAGUUUAUAACUAUUAUUCGUACAUUGCCAAGGAUAUAAAAAAAAAAAAAAAAAAAAAAACAAGCGCGAAUAAGAAGCACUGUGUUAGUUGUACUGAUUAUUACUUAUUCUUAUCGCCGUUUAUGGUUUUUCUUUCGGCGAGAUCGGGAAAAGAACUCGGAUUUGAAAAAAUGUCGAAAAUGUCCAAAUCAAUUAAGUGUUACGGCCGAUGACGAUGCUGCCGCGGCUUAAUGACAAUUCGAUAACGCUGAGAAUAAGAAUGAAUCUAAAUACUAAAUAAAGCUUUUCUUAUCUUGCUGAAAGCUUUUAACGCGCUCUACUGGCCGUGCUAUAUCAAUCGCAAGAAGCAUACGUGGAAGUGAUUAAUCUUGGCAUUGGUCAGCCAAGUGAUCAACAUGAUUGAUCAAUUCCACACGAUACUUGCGUGACUUGCGUUUGCGUCUUGCGAUUAAAUGUAGAACGACAUUUGCAUCUAUCUUUGCGAAGUUCGUGGCAAAAUUAUCACAAUUGUAAAAAACAGUAGCUCAAAUCUGGCUAUUCAAAUAGAAACUGUGAUUGAAAAAAAUAGAUCAAUCUAAUAUGUAUAUCAAAAACUCUGAUAUGUCAAAAUUUACACUUUGUGAUCAGAAGAUCAGAAGAUCUACCUAACACAAAACCACGGAAUCGUCAUCUCGCUGAAGGAUAGGUGUUUUUUUUUUUUUUUUUUUUUUAUAUAUAGA